GAUGAGGAGCUUAGUCCUGAUAACAGCUUUGUCUCUCUGCAGACUCAGCUGGAGCUCUGCGUCCCAGACUCUGGAGGUCCGGUUAGGGGAAGACGUCACUCUGAUGUGCUCCAACAUUUCUAAGUCUGUCACCCAGACCGACUGGUUCAGAGUGGUCAAUGGAACUGAACCCAGCUGUGUCUCCUCGAUGUAUUACGCUCAUGAAGCUACAGUCUGUUAUGGAUUUAAAAGUGGAAAAUUUAAUAUGAGCUCCAACGUCAGCACCACUUUUCUGCAAAUCAAAGGAGUGGAUUUCUCUGAUUCUGGGCUGUAUUUCUGUGGAUUUUACAAAAAGAGACACACAAUUCUGGUCUGUGCAGUGGAAUUAACAAGAAAAGGUCAUAAUGAAUCCAAUAAAAAGGCACAUCCAGACAGUGGAGUUCCUCCAAAAGACGGAGAAUCCUACACUGUAACUUACGGUUGUCUGAUAGUUUUCUUCUUGAUGGCUGUUGUUGGCGUGGUCCUCAAAGCUAAAUGCCCAAGCAAAGGUUGGGUCUCUGUGUCGGUGUCAGAGUUUCAUACCGUGGAGGUCCAGCCUGGUGAAGAGGUCACUCUGCUGUGCUCCAACUUCAGCAUUUUGCCUACUUUCAUAUUUUGGUUCAAAAUGGCCAAUGGACCAAAUGCCACCUGUAUCUCAUAUAUGAUGAUUUCCGACUCCAAUGCUUCACUUUGUGAUGGAUAUAAAAAUGAUCAAUUCAAAAUGACGUCCAACACUACAAACCUUUUUCUGAACAUCAAACAAGUGGAUUUAUCCGACUCUGGACUGUAUUUCUGUGGAGUUUACAUAGAUGGACACUGUCAUUUUCAGUGCAACGUAUUUAGAGGUUCAAGAUGUGUGUAAUGGGUUAACAAAUCAUCUGAUCAUCAUCCUGGGAAGUGGAAUGAUUUUAAUUAUCAUAGUUGUCAUCUGUGUGGUUGCCAGAAUCAGGAUAUUUCCUACA